AUGUCCAACAACUCCGGGAACCAGAACACGUCCGGCUUGCCGCCCUGCCCCUUCAUCUCAGUCACCACCCGCCCCAUCACCGGCCUCCAAGUCGACAUCUACGGCCUGGCCGAGCUCUCUCCCUCUGUGCACCACGUCUCCAUCCUCUGGCUUCACCACCAGCGCACAAGGAAUAAGGAGUCGAUGAGGGAUAUCGCCUCUCGUUGUAUCGCUGCUUGGAACAGUUUUUCUCAUCAUCAGAAUACGCAUUCCCCCCAUAAUACACCCCAAACGGAGAGGAGGGGGUUGAUAGCCAUUGCGUAUGACCAGAGGAAUCACGGGACGAGGUUGGUGGAUGACAGGGUGAAUGGGAGCUGGAGGGAGGGGAACGAGAAUCAUGCGGUGGAUAUGUUUGGUGGGAUAAGGGGGAUGGUGGUGGAUCAGGGGUUGUUGAUUGACGUUGUGGAGGGGUGCUUGUGGCCGAGGGGGGAGAAGAGGGUGGAUCAGCAUCUGGGGUUGGGGGUUAGUUUGGGGGGGCAUAGUGUUUGGGAGCUGAUGUUUGCGGAUAGGAGGGUGAGGGCGGGGGUUUGUGUGAUUGGGUGUCCGGAUUUUAUGAGUAUGUUUCCCCCCAUCCAAUCUGCGAUUCUGAGAGGUAUGCUGACAAGGGAUGUGUGUGCAGACUUGAUGAGCGAUCGGGCGAGGUUGUCAAAGCUGAGUACGUACUCUGCUCAGGAUGACGGGGCGAGUUUUCUGGGGAGUAGGGAUUUCCCUCCGAGCUUGAUCAAGGCUUGCAAUCAGUACGACCCCAAAGCUAUCCUCUUCGGCCCGCAUCCUGUCCCCGACCAGCCGCAGCAGACGAGGCAGGAGCUCAUCCGGCAAACCAUCCUUUAUGAACGCCUCCAAGGAAAGAAGCUACUUGUCUGCUCGGGCGGAGUGGACAAGCUGGUACCACCCAGGUGUUCAGAACCCUUCAUGAACUGGCUCAAAUCCGCGGCAGUGAACCCUCCGUCCCCAUCGUUCGAUAAGGAACAGCGAUUCUGGGUUGAUGAUAGGAUUUACCCUGGGGUGGGCCACGAGUUCAGCAGCGAGAUGGUCAAGGAUGCGGUGCAGUUUAUUGUCGGGGCGGUGAUGGGAGCGGGAGAGGACAGGUACAACCCCGAGACGAGGGAGGAGCAGAGGAGUGGCAGGGAAGGUUUUGUGCCUAGCCCAAAUAUUUGA